UGUUUACAUGUGUGACGCUAGCUCUCACGGCAGCUACAGCUACCGUCUUCUGAAGAAACUGAGGAAUUAUUUUGAGGGGGAAGCUGAAUGCAACGGCGGAUUAUGUGUGGAGUAUUAAUAAAAACUGACUGAAGAACAGUCAAAUGCUCAGCUCUCUAUAAGAUGAAUGGGUUUGUCUUGACUUUUAUUUUGGAAAAUCACACCGGAUGUACCGUGCCGGUGACUUGACGGUGUGAGAGCUCGAGCCUCCAGGAGCAGCAGCAGCAACAGAAACGCCCUGCAUCCUCUUCUCCUCUCCUCCUACAUCCAUCCACCGCCCGUGCGUCCGGCUCUCUCUCUGCUCCUCCAGCCGCGGAGGGGCCACUCUGAACGGGAAGGAAGACGAACCAAGCCCCGCUGGAAGAAAUGGCCUUUUAACAGCUGGGAGAAUAAACCAGAAGAGACAUGAAUCCUUUGGCUUUUUCCUUCCACCAACACCUCCUCCUCCUCCUCCUCCUCGCUUCCCUGAGCUGCUUCUCCGCCUCUGCUGACAGGAGAUUCGGUUGCCUGUUCGACAACGAGCUGUGUUCACCGUACGAGAUCUGCGUCAACGAUGGUAUGUUCGGGAGGUGUCACUCUGUUCCAGUGACGGAUGUUUACACCUACGAUGUCUCCCCGUCUGUAGUGCAGCGCUUCAGGAUGCUGCUGGAGAAGCUGUCCAACAGAGGUUUGACCUGGGAAGAUGACACCACCCAGCAGGUUCUGUCCAAGGAGUUAUCCAAACUGAGGAGGAUUCCCUACAGGCCGCAGCAGAACGGACCUGUCUACAACUCCGACAGCAGGCCGGCAGCUGCAGCGAUGGACCCAGUUGACCAGAGAGUGAAGCCUGUGGAGGUGGAGCUCAGCAGAAACCUGCAGACGUACCUUCAGCGUCUCGGCCUCCUCCCCAAGACGUCGUCUGCUGCCAGCCUGAGCACCUCUGGCAAGAGUGACCGUUUCCAGCCAGGCGUCCCUGCAGACUUUUAUCGCUCCAAGGCCCAGACUUCGGCUCAGAAGUCGUCUCCCUCCAGCUUCUCCUCUCUUUCAUCCCUCCAGCCUCUGCAGAAGCAGAGACCUUUAGCCAACCAGCUCCUCGCCACACAGUCUGAGGGUGACCUUCUCCUGGGCGCCCUGAGGCAGUAUCUCUCUGGGCAUCUGUCCCUGCACAGCGGGGGGGUGAGCCCCGAGGAGCCCCAGGCCCCCUCGUCUCGCCUCAGGCCCUUCUACAGCAACGGAAUAGAAACUUCUGGGCUCAAAAAGGAGACAUCGAAAUCCAGGCUUCUGAAGAUGGGAAGAACUCAAGGGGCUUCAGUCAAGGACCCGCUCACGUCUGUGGAUGAGAAGUUCAUCGAGAACGUUUUGAAGAACGUCGGCAGGCAGCACGUGGAUGUGGACGACCUGACACCGCAGGACCUGGAUCAGCUGUCCAGCCUGAUAGCUGACGCUCUUCAGGUGGUCGACCAGGACCAAGGAUUAAACAGGGGCCUGACUCGGGUUAGACCUGGUCCACGAGACCUGGAGGGAGAGCUGAGGAACGGAGAGGAAGAAGAGGAGGAGGAGGCUGCCAGAGAUGGGGAGGAGGAGAAGUUGUUGGAGAAUGCUCCGACACUGAAACCACAGGAGGGCACUCCUAUAGCCCCGGCAGCACUUCAAGAGCGUCACACAGAUACAGAGAAGCUCAAUGUGAAGGACACGGCUGAGAGUGGAAACCUCUUCACCAAACUCCUCGCCUACCUGGACAAAACUUCCUUCAGCACCUCUCCCUCAGAAAGAAACCGCAACGACGUCGCCAUGGAGACACCCAGAGGCCAACAGGUGGGGCUGGAGAACGUCCAGAGUCGGACCAGCGAGGCGGGAGUGACGGUGCAGAAGAAGGACGCCACCCAGUCGGUGGAGGAGGUGUCGGAGGUGCGGGGCUGGAUCAAGGAGGUGGCGCCCCCUCCUGCCUCGCUCGUGUACGACGAACCGCACAAGAAGACGAUGCACGUACCCGAACUUCAGCUGGACGUCAAGGCGGGCAGGAAGAAGGCUGACGACGACGUCUUCGGCUACGUCAUCACCGACACAGACGGGCUCCAGACAGACGAAGGUGUCCACCUGAUGGAGAUCCUGGCUCGCCUGGCCAAAAUCCAGAUGACCGACUUCGCCGAGCUCUCGGUGGUGGGCCCCGCUGUGACCUUCAAAGUGAGCCCGAACACUCAGAACGUCAGCACCGCAGAUGUGGCCAACGUGGCUGUUCAGCAGAAAGUUGCUCUGGAGAAGGAAGCCAAGGUCACCAUCCUGGAGGCUGGAGUCGCCGACGGAAGCCAGAUCAACCAGAUCCCCACCAAGUACAGCCAGUCGGAGUCGACCAAGUUCCUCAUCCUCACCGUCGUGUCCAUCCUGUGCAUCGUCGGCGUGCUGCUGGCCUCCACCGUGGUCUACUGCCUCCGCCACCGCUCCCACCACAAGCUCAAGGAGAAGCUCACCAAUCUGGGAACAGAUACUAGCAGCGAUCCUACCGCCACCUAUCAGGAACUCUGUCGUCAGCGCAUGGCGGUCAAACCUCCAGCUGAGCGUCCGGAGCCCAUCUCCUCCAGGAUCAACAGCGUGUCGUCCCAGUUCAGCGAUGGCGGUCAGGCCGUCAGUCCCUCAGCACGGAGCAGCAUCUCCUCCUGGAGUGAGGAGCCCGCCCACUCCAACAUGGACAUCUCCACCGGUCACAUGAUACUGGCCUACAUGGAGGAUCACCUGAAGAAUAAGGACCGCCUGGAGAAGGAGUGGGAGGCGCUGUGUGCUUAUCAGGCAGAACCCAACGCCUGCACCGUUGGCUUGAAGGAUGGCAACGCCAAGAAGAACCGCUCCACUGCUGUGGUGGCAUAUGAUCACUCCAGAAUCACCUUGAAGGUGGAGAACAGCCAAGGCAACUCUGAUUACAUCAACGCCAGCCCGAUCAUGGAUCACGAUCCCAGGAACCCAGCCUACAUUGCCACUCAAGGCCCUCUGCCCUCCACAGUGGCAGAUUUCUGGCAGAUGGUGUGGGAGAACGGCUGCGUGGUCAUUGUCAUGCUGACUCCUCUCGUCGAGAGCGGGGUGAAGCAGUGCUACCAUUACUGGCCUGACGAGGGAUCCAACCUGUACCACAUUUACGAGGUCAACCUGGUGUCCGAACACAUCUGGUGCGAUGACUUCCUGGUUCGUAGCUUCUACCUGAAGAACAUGCAGACCAAUGAGACGAGGACCGUGACUCAGUUCCACUUUCUGACCUGGCUCAACCAGAACGUCCCGGAGACCAGCCGGACACUCCUUGACUUCCGCAGGAAAGUUAACAAGUGCUACCGGGGACGCUCGUGUCCUAUUAUAGUCCACUGCAGUGACGGAGCAGGAAGAACUGGGACCUACAUCCUGAUCGACAUGGUCCUCAACAAGAUGGCUAAAGGUGCCAAGGAGAUUGAUAUUGCAGCGACUCUGGAGCACCUGCGGGACCAGAGGCCGGGAAUGGUUCAGACCAAGGAUCAGUUUGAGUUUGCGUUGACGGCUGUUGCGGAGGAGGUGAACGCUAUACUGAAAGCUCUUCCACAGUAGGAAGAGACACAUGUCCUCCUGCUCCUCUCCUUCUUCUUCUUCCCCCCUGUCCUAACUGGCGGAGAGUCCCUGUUAUUGUCCUUUCUUACGCUCGUUCCUUCAGUCAUACUCUAUUUUAACUCAUCUUACGUCCUGUCUCCUCUCGUCCCCUCUCAUUACUGUCUUUUGAUUGUCACCGUCUCUUUUGUCUCAUCUCCUCCUCUUCCUUUGUCCAAUCAUCUUUCCUCUCGUCUUCUCCUUUCACCUCCUCUUUAUUCCACCCCUCGUCACCACCUUUCACUUCUCCUCGUCUCCUUCUCUCCUUCCAUCUUAAUAAACAUUGUGCCAGGAACCCGUGGAAUCAGUCUUGUACAUAGAUAGACCUUCCUUCUAUUGUAAUGAUCCAUGCAGCCUGUUUUCCAAAGUGACAUUUCACUGCAUUUAAACACAUUUUGAUAGAUUGAUAAAAAUGUUUCUCUAUCUUCUGUUAAGAGUAUAUUUAUCAUAGUUUCUGUUUCUAGAUGAGCAUUGACCUCAUGUGCGUCAGUUGGGUAAAGCGAGGUUUGGCAAUUAACAUCACAAUCUACCUGGAUAUAAGAGUUUUUGUCCUCUGAGCUGCCAGAAAUGGUUUAGGAGGAUCAAAAGCAGUUCAGUCCAAAUGAAAUAAAUCAGUUUAUGUCAUUGUAAAUUUAAUGAUGUUCACUGUGGAUACUCGCCAAACCUGAGUGUUGUACUGAACUGAUGCUCCGGCCUGGUCUUUGUUUUGAGUGCGUGUAUGAUGUUGAUCAUCAUGUCUCUAUCACAAAAUCGUACUUGCGUCUGAUUUUUAGUGCCCUGCUUUAUGAUAUGUUCUCAUACAGUAUGCUAGAGUGUCACAGUGUAACUUGUCAGCGCCCAGUGUUGGUCAGUGAGGUAUUUAUCUCCUGUGAAGGCUUGUUUUUCCUAAAAGUAAGUGGUGAAACAUUAUAAUAGAAGACACUGGUUAUAUGCCACUUAUUUUAAGAAAAAUAAAUAAGACACUAAUACUGGAAAUGAGGUGAAAUAACAUGGAUAUGAUUUUUUCAGUGUGUAAUUUUUAUCAUUCUAGUAGAAGCAAUAUUGUGUUUCUUGAACUUGAAUCAUUAUCUCUCGUGGACAACCAAUAUCGUGGCUUGUCAGUGAAGUAACACUAAUGUCUGCCUUAAUAAAAACACAGUAGAUGGACUGGUAAAUGUGUCUAGCCAUCUGGAAACGAGGCUAGUGUGUAAAUGCUUCAUUUUAAAAUGGGCCUUAUUCCAGCGGAUUAACCUGUGGAUUAAAGGUUUGCUGUGCUGGUAUUUAAAGAACAUCCCUCUGAUAAACACCGAAGAACAUGGAGGACGUUACCCUCUGUCCAAAAGUUUAUGACAGUCUUUAAAUCACUUCAGCAGCAGUAAUAUUGUGUACCUUAAACUAUGUCCCUAUCUUAGAAUGAACCACUGCAAAGAGGAAUGAGGCCAUUAUAAAAUAAAGUGUUUCGGACUAGUACCUUUAUGAUAAAAGGGGAUAGUUUUGCUUCUGAAUAGCAGUUCUUCUAUGUAGCAUUAAUGGAUGAUUUGUACAUGUUCAGUAGCUGAAUCUGUCUUGCAUUGAAAUCUAGUUUUGCGGUGACACUCAGCUGGUUUUCCCAAAAGCAUCUUGAAACUAACUGGGUUUUUGUUCUGCUGUACAGAAUCUUGUAAUUGAUUACCAUGUUGUAUGGGAAUAAGUGGAAAUAAAUAGCAGCAAACUACAUUAGAACUAUGAAGCCUUACAGCAUGCAUUCAUGAAUUGUCAGCAGUAAUUAGAUGUAUAUCUGUUUAGUAUUUAAAUGGGAAAACAUUUUUACAUUUGCUUUAUUUAAGAUUCAUACCGCACUUGAAUAUGAGCAUCAAACCCUUUUUUUCAGUUGAACAAAACACUACGUCCACGCUUUGGAUAAACACGUCAAUUACUAAAGAUGACUUUGGGAAACCAGCUCAUAGUUUGUAUAAAAUCAACAUAGUUUCACUGCUUCCAAUUGGCUGACAGUAAAUUAACUAUUUUAAAUAUUUUAUCCAUCAGAUUCUAGAUUUGUUUGUCCAGUCUUGCAUCACAGUGCUACUAGUGCAUGGCUGUUGAUCCAGCAAACAAGUAUGCUGUGUUUUUCUGUGGCCUCAAUUUGAUCUUAGCAAAAGUCUUCAAGCAAACAAAGCAAAUGGUUUUAUCUAUUUACUUUAUUUCUAUUGCACGAGAAGCUCCAAGGACCUUAUAAGUAUAAAAGCCAAGGAUUGUCAUCUCUAAACUGUGCAGAUCACGGUUAAAGUGAGCUGAAAGGUGGUGCAGUAUCAAUAUGAUGCAACACUGCAGCAAGCUGGUGUCAUGUUGUUGGAAUCGACUCCAUUUUUCAUCACAAAAUUGAAACAUGCUGCAAGAAAUGCUCCUUAUCAAAGCUCGUUUGAUGUGGAACAGGAUAUAAAUUUUUCUGCCUGUUAAAGAAACUGUCAUGUAUGUUUUAAAAAUGUGGAAAUGAGGGAAAAUGCAUUGAAGGAAUUGAAGUUGUCGCAUUCUGCUGGACAUUUUUAAUGGGAGUCAAAACUAAACUUGUCAUAAUAGGCUUUUUUUUUCUUCUUCUUUUGUUGCAAUGCGGUCGCUAAAUUUACCCCAAUGCUGUUCUUUCUUUCACACACUCAUCAAGUAUCAAUAGAUGGCUGGUCUGUUGCAUUAGCAUUGUACAUAAACAAAAAAAACAACAGAAGAUAUUUUGUUCUAUUGGUGUAAACAGAUUGUGAAUAAAGUCUCAUUGUCGAUGCAGUACUGUAAUGCACUCCUCA